AUGACGACCUUCUACGUGGCAAGCCACUGCAGGGUCUCCCUCGCCGGGGAGUGCGUGAAGUUGUGGUCGUCGCUGGCGGAGGCGAUUACGUACGUCCACCGGUUCCAUGCACGGAAGCAACUCAGCUGCAGGAUUGGGUACAAGCUGAGUACCAGCCCAGAGCCGCCCAAAAGCGUUCAGUACCGCCGGCCGCAUAUGGAGCUAGCAAGAAGGAUUUUGAGCGAAGCCCACCAGACAUUUUGGCUCCUCGAAGUCACUAUUACUGACGUUCAGAAGAUGUACGGGUUGGGAUUGCUCAAGCGCAGCAAAGACAAUCAGACAUGGAUCUAUGAUGUGCCAACGACCCCUCCGCCGCCUGACUUGGUGACCAUGUUGCAUUAUGACGUGAAGGUCGUGCUGCAUCUUGGGCAAAUGGAGCCUGUUGCUUUGGAGAAGAGUUGGCGGUUCUUCAUGUUCUCUGAUCCGGCGACAGCCACUGCAGCAAUGGAUCUGGCAAUCGAGAAUGCUUUCCUCAAGAAGAAGGGCAAUGUUGAAUCUGUUGGCAGCCUCUUUGUUGCCGAUGUCAAGGCUUUGGUCCUUCUGGGCUUCAUUUCAUCCCGUGGUGCAAAGAUGGAGAUCAUGCGCUGGAAGCAGGUGGCCAAGCACAUGGAUGCCAGGGUGAUGGAGGCGGAAGGCAUCUUGGAAGAUGCAAAGUCCGAAAAGAAGGAGGCCGAGGAUCGACUGGCUUUUCUCAUGCAGAAGUUGGAGGGGCAGAAGAAGCGCAAGGCGGAAGAGAUGGGUGAGGCAAGUGCUGUGAUCAUUCCAUACGCAUUGCCACCUUCGAAGCCCUCUGAUUGCCCGAGCUCUGCGCAGUGA